AUUUAAAUAUUGAGGCGAGACAGAGUGACGUCAUCAAAAAGACGUUAUUUACAGCAGGAUUGUUCAAUUUAAAAAAAUAUUUAAAUCAUAAUUAUUUUUAAUAAAUUUUUUAUAACACACUUCAAAACACUCUUACCAUUACGAAGAGGCACACAGCAAACAAUUUCUCCCAACAAGAAAAACAUAGGCCACAGCGCUGUCUGGCAAUCAACAGGUUGGCCGAAGGACACUGAUUCGCAAACGCACUGACAACAAACAACUGGGUCAAGGUUCAUUUCGUGCACGUUGAGCUAAAGAAAAAGCCACCAAUGCGAUUGUUUGAUCGAUGAAAAUUUUCUUCCACAGAUUUUCGGUACACCGUUCAGUCACACUCAACAUUAUUGCCACCAAAAGCGUAAUUUCUUUUGUAAUUAUUCAAACAAGGCGCACAAAAACUCACCUAAACCAUCAUGGAGGUUAUGGAGGAGGGCAAUCUUAUGGACAGGAUUCCGAUUCUGCUCCAGCGUGAUUUGCAGUACUACGAGGCCAACCAGAAAGUGCUGCAGGAGGACAUCUGUGCCGGGGUGGUUGGUGGGAAGCUGGACUUUCCCCGUUCGGCGUCGUUCGCAUCGGUGAAGAUCGUCAUUUGGUUGGAGGAUGAGUACUACGCGGCCUAUCGUAAAAACUCCGGCUUGCUGCAUCUGGCGGAUGCGCUGCAGGAUCACCAGACGAAAGAGCCGGAGGAGGCAGCCGGUUGCGGCGGGAUCGUGAAGUCGUCCGAUCCAGAAAAGUUUGUCAUCCUCGUGUCCAAGUCGGUGGACAAUUUGUUAGAGCACAUUCAUACUCUGUCCCAGGAAGCGCUCGAUCACGCCGAUCUCACCGUACUUACCGCAACGAUCGGCGCUGCUGCGCUGGUCAAAAACAGCCUCUUCGUGUGGUUGCAGUGCGUCACGAAGAACGUGUGCCCGCCCAAGGGCGACGAGAAGGGUGGCUCGCUCAAGCUCAGCUACAAGCAGUACUCCGAGAUGACGGAAGCGCUUGCCGAGCGAUUGCUCGAUCUGCACUGUCGCCUGCUCACUCUGUACAUCAUCCAGGACGCGGACUGUCUGCACUGGGAAAGCCCCCAUCCGUUCUUCGAGUCCGAGCGUGGCUCCUACACCAUCCAGAUGUGGUGGCUGUACAUGCAGGGCACCAAGCAGGACCUGUGGAACUCGGUGCCGCCCACCAUGGCCCAGCGCGUGUUUGCCGGCAUGCUUAACGAAACGCUCACUGUGCUGACCGUGCGCUACACGCAAACGGUGCCGAGCCGGGCCCGCUCGCCGCUGCUCCUGGUGGACGUGUCCAAUGUGCUGCUGUGCGUGUGCGAACUGCUGCCCGCGAUCUGCGCCAACGGGGAAGCGUUCGUGGGGCUGAAUCUGCCCAGCCAGAGCAAAAUCAUCCGCGACAUUCACGCCAAGUGUCAGGAGCUGUUCUGCUGCCUGCUGCUGCGUGGCAUCCCGCUCGGCGCCCUGUACAAGAUAGCGAAGAAGGGUGUGCAGGGCGGGAUUGCGAUGUUCGGCCAGCGGCAGGGACUGAUCGUACCGUGGACGAUCUUCACCAUGCCGCGGCUGUUUCCGCCCAACCUGAACGCACACUGGGCGGCCCGGUGCUCCGAGCUGCCGACCAGUACCGCGCUCACGCUCGAGCUGAAGGUGCUGCUAGCGGCGCCGCAGGCGAACUGGUGGCUGCUGCUGAAGGUGUUGCUGAUGCGGGAGGCGCACCUGUCGUCGCUGAUCUUUCACCAUCUGAUACGCAACCUGCCGUCGUGCGAUAAUUUCAUCCCCAGUGCAAGGCAACCGUCCGUCAAUCGGGACUGUCUGUCGAAGAAGUGCGAAGGGUUCCUGUGCGGGCUGGAGUGCAACGACAUCGUGCAGUGGGCACUGGAACAGAAUGAUCCGAUCGGUCAGUCCAACUACCAGGUCCUGAUGGGGCUCACGUACAUCGUCAUCAUGGCGGGCAAGACGUCCGACAUCAACAAGACGCUCAUCUCCGCCCUGGAGAAGAGCAAAAUGAACGAUUGGGCCUCCUGUCUGGACCGGCGGCAGGUGUGGAACCAGAAGCGACCCCCGUGGCUCGAAGCCAUCCUCCAUCUGAUCUACCCGAUCCUUGGCCCGGUGGUGCACAUGCUCGUCUCGGCCGUCCAAACGACGGCCAGCAUGUACCAGGCCAUGUCGCUGUCCCUGUCCUGCUUCUCCGAGAUGUGGGACUGCAUCCCGGACUGCUUCUACACCGUCACCAACUGUCUGGCGGAGAUUCUGCCCGCCGAAAUACGUCCGCUCGGGGACUCGGUGCUGAUCCAGCUGCUCUACAUCGCCCUCUACUCCAAGCUGCUGGAGGUGGCGGAAACCGAGGCCGAAGCGGAAGCGAAAGAGCAAGCCGCCAGCGGAACGGGCCCAACCGAAGCGAGCCCACCCGUCGCUCCCGUCUCGACGAUCAACAUGAAACCGAAGUCGGUCAUCUGCCAAACGCUGGCCGAAGCGAUCUGCUUCAUCGACGAGGACAACAAGCACACCGAGCAGAUCAACUCGCUCAUCAGCCAGGCGCGGGAAAGCCAGCGCUCGAUGGGCGUGCUGGAGAGCGAGAUCGACGAUGCGGUCGGGCUGGCCAGCUUCGCGAGCACGUCGCGCGUCGACGACGUGGAAGCGUUCCUGCGGCAAACGACCCCGAGCGUCCGGUCGGAGGAGGAGUUCGACGUGGAGAACGCGGAGUACAUCGCGGAGAUGCUGGUGAGCGACGUGCUGGUGACGAGCGUCGGCAAGCUGAGCAUGAAGAUGCUGUACCAGUACAUCCGGAAGAACUUUGACUGGAUCCUGCAGCAGCUCGGUGUGAGCGAUGUGGAGCAGAACCCGCUGCAGCCGAGCCCGGGCCAGAGCAUACGCGAGCAGCAGCAGACGCUGAUCGAUCUGAUGUUUCACAUCGGCCAUCGGUCGUUCGAUCAGCUGCUGAGCGGCGGGCUGGACAUCGAUUACACCAAGUGGUUCCAGACGCCCAUGUCGAUGAGCGUGGAGAAGGCGUGGCUGCAGGUGUGCCAGCGCUGGGAGUUCCAGGAAGGUGCGAAGCUGUCCGUGCACGAGGCGCUCAUGGUGUCCUUCAUCACCACGCAGCUGAAGCCUUAAUGGAGAGGGUGAGUAAUAGGGGAGGAGCUCCAAAUAGUGUUCUAGUGGGUAGGAGAAAACGAAACCAGUACAUAAAGCUCACCGUAUGGCGUGAGUUAGGUUGAAAUUCUGUUUCUGUGUUCAAUAAAAUUCUUCAAUAACCUAAAAAGAAAUGUAAUUCUUUGUACUUAAUUUGACCACAUUCGGAUGUUAAUGCUCAAUAUAUCUAUUCCAUCAUAAAUGUGUACUUUUUAUACAGAUUUAUUACUUACGUUUUUAUUAGCUCUUUCGCUGUUGUGUGUCUGAGUGUGUUUCUUUUGUUGUGUUUCUUUCAUUCCGCUAAGCUUCCGCGCGCGCGCGCCGGUUUCGCUUAUCACACGACAUAUCGCCUGCUCUGCUCGGCCCAACCGGCCCGCCCACAAGCAUAAUACGAUUCAAUAUUAUUCUUUUUAGCAAUUAUCUAGGGUAUGCGCGCGCAAUUUCAUUUCCGCAUCCUUUCCGUCCACACCUUCGGAGGAGUCGCGAAAGCAUAAAGCGUUCCGAGAAAAGUUUCACACACUUCUCUGCUCCUUGUCCGCGCCAGAGCGAUAAUCAUUCCAGGUCACAUGCGCACACGACACAAACACACACACACGCACACACCGAAGAUAAUCUUUUGUUCAUAAAAGAAACAGAACAAGGCAUUCGCUUUAACGCAACAGGGAUUAGUAGUGCGUGUAGGAGUAUUGGGCAUUGGCGGGACAAUCUAAAACAAGGAAAGAAAGGAAAGAAAAAACCGAAUACAAAAAAAUGCUGACCAUUGACGGCUGGCCAGAAAGAAAAGGGCGAUACAAAUUGUACAUUAAACUAGUUUUUAUACGAAGAAA